AUGUCUGACGGCAAACUCGAAAAGAUGGAAAAGGACUUUAGUCCUCAGGUCGAUGCCUUGUUGCCUGAAACAGAAUCCCUCACCAAGCAAGGCAAGCUACAAGAAGCUCUCGACAAACUUUUAGCAUUGGAAAAGCAAGCACGCAAUGCUGCUGAUGCUUCAUCCACUGGACGUAUUUUGGUGCAAGUGGUCAAACUAUGCCGCCAAGUCGAUGACUGGAAGCUGUUGAAUGAGCAAAUUGUCCUCUUGUCCAAGAAACACGGUCAACUCAAGGCGGCAACGACAAAGAUGAUCCAGGAGGCAUUCUCCUAUCUCGACAACACACCCAACAUGGAAGUCAAGCUUGAAUUGAUUGAUACUUUGAGGACAGUAACGGAAGGAAAGAUCUAUGUCGAAGUGGAACGUGCACGUGUCACCCGUAUCCUUGCACAGAUUCGUGAGAGUGAAGGAAAGAUCAACGAGGCAGCCGACAUUCUUCAAGAGUUGCAAGUCGAGACCUUUGGUUCAAUGGAAAAGCGUGAAAAGACCGAUUUCAUCCUUGAGCAAAUGCGAUUGUGCUUGGCCAAGCAUGACUAUGUACGCACCCAAAUCAUUUCAAAAAAGAUCAACACCCGAUUUUUCCAAGACAAAGAAAACGAGGACCUCAAAUUACGAUUCUAUGAUUUGAUGAUUCAACAUGCACUUCACGAAGAACAAUAUUUGAACGCCCACAAAUUCUACAAGCAAAUCUACGACUCUGAAUCGAUCAAACAGGAUGACAGCAAAUGGAAGGAUGUUCUUGAGAAAGCAAUUCUUUUCGUCGUCUUGUCACCCUAUGACAACGAGCAAUCUGAUCUCUUGCACCGUUCUUAUGAAGAUCCCAACCUUUCCCAGAUUCCCUUGUAUCAAGAACUCGCAAAGUGCUUUGUGACCAGUGAAUUGAUGCGAUGGCCAAAGAUCGAGGAAUUGUAUGGUGAAGCACUCGGCCAAACCACCGUGUUUAGCAAAACCAGCGACGAUGGUAUCAAACGAUGGAAAGAAUUGCACCACCGUGUCAUUGAGCACAAUAUCCGCGUUAUCGCCAAAUACUACACACGUGUCACCACCAAACGUCUUAUGCAGUUGCUUGAUCUCAGCGAAGCCGAUACAGAGGAAUUCUUGUCGAAGUUGGUCGUGUCAAAGACAAUCUAUGCACGAGUGGAUCGACCCGCCGGUGUUAUCUCAUUCCAAGUCAAGAAGGAUGCUAAUCAAGUGUUGAACGAUUGGUCAAGUGAUAUCAAUUCCCUGCUGAACCUCGUUGAAAAGACCUGUCAUUUGAUCUCCAAAGAGGAAAUGGUCCAUAGCAUAGCAAAGGUUAUGUAA